AUAAGAUAACACACGCUAAAUACUAUUCCAUCACUAAAUCCUCAUACAAUCACCAAAAAGAAACCCAAUAACUUACAAAUCCACCAUGUCCGGUAGCAAAGACUGUGGCGGCCACCACAAAUUUCCCCGGAAAAAUUUCCGGCGAGUCAUCUCUUGUAUUCUAAUCCUCCUCCUCCUCAUUCUCAUCACAAUCUUACUCAUAUGGGCAAUCCUUCGUCCUAGCAAACCCAACUUCACUCUCCUCGACACCACCGUCUACGCCUUCAACGCCACCACCUUCAACUUCCUCACUUCAAACUUUCAAAUCACCGUCCGUUCAGAAAACCCAAACGAUGAUAUCGGUAUUUAUUACGACCAGCUCGACGUUUACGCUACUUACCGGAACCAAGAAAUAACACUCCGGACUCGAUUCCCACCAACGUACCAAGGCCAUAAUGAGGUCAAUAUUUGGUCACCUAUAAUAUAUGGUACUAUGGUACCGAUCUCACCGGAAUAUUCCGUCGCAUUGGGUGCUGAACAGAUGGCCGGGAGUGUUUUUUUGGUGAUCAAGAUUGAUGGACGGUUGAGAUGGAAAGUUGGGACUUUUGUAACUGAGAGGUAUCAUAUUCAUGCAAGGUGUCCGGCUUAUAUUACGUUUGGGGAACAAAGCGACGGCGUUUUGGUCGGAGAAAAUGUUGUUAAGUUUCAGUUCUAUAGUAGAUGCAGUGUCAGCUUGUGAAGAAGAAGAAGCAAGUAACGCCGUUAAGUAUAUGGUUUUGUUUAUCUUUGUUUUAAAUUUGUUUCCCUCGUUUUCAAUUUGACGCCGUUAAUUUUUUAUUUGGGUAAACUACAUUACUAGUCAUCCAUAUAUUUUUCUUUUCCUUUUUGGUCACACAACUAUGAAAAGUUACAAAGUGAUCACCCAAUUAUUAGUAAGUUUAUUUUUUCACCCAACUAUGAAAUUUACUAAUAGUUGGGUGACGAUUUUGUAACUUUUCAUAAUUGAGUAACAAAAACAAAAAAAUAGCUUGGUGGCUACUAAUGUAGUUUACCCUUUUAGGUUAAAAUAUGCCAUAAGUCCUUGUACUCUUCAUAAAUUUAGAAUUUUAGUCCUUAUACUUUUAUUUACAAGAAUUUAGUUAUUUUACCUUUCAGAUUUUAAAAUUUAGGUCCAAUUGUUAAAAUUGUUACUUUUUUGUUGAAUUUGUUGGUGUGACAUUUGAAAUAAAAAAUACUCACUUACUAGCCAUGUAAUUAAGAAUUUGAUGUUUUAAUGAACUUGAAUUAAUAAAAUAAUUUCAACAAGUGUUAACAGUUGGACUUGAAUUUUAAAACCUAAAAAGUAGAAGGACUAAUUUCUUAAAAAUAAAAGUAUACUGACUAAAUUUCAAGUUUACAAAGAGUAUAGAGACUUGUGACAUAUUUUAAUUUUUUAGUAUAAGGGGAUUUUAAUUUUGUUAUAGUAAAUGGGGAAAUAGCAAAAUAAAAUGGCAAUUAAUAUGUGAACAAAAUCUAAAUGUAUGCAAUUUCUAAAAAUUGUGUGAUUAAUAAAAUAAAUGUUCCAUA